CUUCCUUUUUGACAUUUUCUGGGCAACACGGAAUUGUUGCUGAAUAUCUAUCGAGAAUGGCCUGCCCACUGUUACAAGACUCCUUCUGGCUGAGUCAGCUGAAAUUCGAAGAUGCUGAAGCACAGUACCAGAAAAUCGUAGCUGGGAAUGCUCACGUUCAGGGCCAGGCAGGGACGAGUUCUCUUGCUAUGGAAAUUGCACAGACUCGACAACUGAUUAAAAACGCUCUCAAUAAUCCAGCGGACAGGGGUGAUGCGCCAGACUCGCAAGUCAACCGUCGUCUUGACAACCUGGAACAAGAAAACAGGGGACUGAAAAAAGUCACUCAAGAUCUGAAAUCUCUGGUUCAGAAACUGGAAGGCAGAAUUAAGGCCCUUGAAGUAGGGGGCGCUGCUCCAUCGGCUGCGUCAGCCGCAGCAGACAAAGAUGCUGAUGAAGACUUUGACCUGUUUGGUGACGAAGACGAAGAUGAGGAGGAAGUUGCUGAGGAUUUGGAAAGGAAAAAACUUCUCGAAGAGUACAAAGCUAAAAAGUCCAAAAAGCCGGUGAUCAUAGCGAAGAGUAACAUCAUUCUCGAGGUGAAGCCGUGGGAUGAUGAGACGGACAUGAAACAUGUCGAGAAACUCGUCCGGGCAAUCAAGGCCGACGGACUGCUGUGGGGAACCUCUAAACUAGUCCCUCUUGCUUAUGGUAUUAACAAGCUGCAGAUAUCCUGUGUCGUUGAAGAUGACAAAAUUGGCACAGAUUUUCUGGAAGAGGAAAUCACGAAACAUGAAGAUUUCAUUCAAUCCAUUGACAUUGUUGGCUUUAACAAGAUCUAAUAUGUGUGUGUUCUCAUUUCAGUGCUAUGGUGUAAAUUAAAAAUGUCAAGACACUG